AUGUGGACAAAAGAUUCGACUGAGGCAAUUUACGUAUAUCGAGGAAUUCAUAUGGAAAAGAAAAAGCUAGAUCUUGUGAGCGUCGCGUCCGAAUAUAAAGAAAUCAAACGACGCCAGUUCUACCAAGAACUCGUUGUGUACUUUGUCUUUCUGACUCUGCUCUUCUCACUGCUGUCAUGGCUACCUGUGCAGGACAGUUUCUAUCAAAAUGAUGUAGUGGGAGCCCUCACAUGUCGUGAAGAAGGCGAGUGUGCGAUCAAGACUUUUGCAGACAUUUAUGCCUUUGCUGCCAAGCUACACGAUACAGUCUGUGAGCGUGAAGACGUCACGGCACAAUGGGUUCGUGUGGGAGGUGUCGGCUUUCGUCAAGUUCGAGUUGAGCAACAGCGGUGUCGAGUGUACGAUGGAUGGAAGGCUCCAUGUUAUCCAUUUUACAGCCCUGACGUAGAGCAGAAAACACCUUUGCUUGGUCAAAAUGGGACUGGUCGUGUGUAUAAAUGGAGAAAUGGACUGGGCGAGCUGUCACCCGAAAUUUAUCGGUCUUUUUUUGAUUGGUUGUUCUUCGCACCUGCCGUAUCGUAUGGCUCUGGUGGAUAUGCUGUGGAUCUGUGCGAUCUGGAGAGUGUACACGAACUCCAGCAAGAUCAUUAUCUUUCGGAACACACACGAGCCGCAGCUUUCAAAUUUAUCUUACUUAAUCCGAUUACUCGCGUGUUUACCAUUGGCAUGCACGUGAUCACAGUAGAUCCGUCCGGUCAUAUUGAUCACUUUGCGCAUAGCUCUCACGUUCGAGUAAUCGGUCAUGAGAAACCAGAGCAAUUUACGAGCGCUACUGAUAACAUGGAAUCGGUCAUUCAGCCUUGGCUUCAUCGCAGAAUCCUUUCAGCGAUUGCUACGUCAAUUUUUAUGGUGCGAGAGGCGUUUGACGUGCGUGUACUUUUAUGGGUCGCAAUCGUUCUUUUCUUCAUCACCUACUGUAUCGGUGAGGCUACCGAAAUGAAGUCGAUGGGCAUUUUAACUUAUCUUGGCUCAGAUCUGUGGAAUGUUUUCGAAUUGACCCACUUAGUGGUACUAGCUGCACUUUUGAAUGACAUGGUGCAUUACUACAUGGCAUCCAGCAGCUUUGCAUUAGAUUUGGCGGAACUGAGCGAAGGUCGCGGUGUGGAAGAGUUGAGCCACUCACGCUCGCAAGAGUUGUUGACAGAGUUCCAGCAGCUAUCUGAUCUCGCUUCAUUAGGAUCUGCCAUCAGUUUGCUGAAAGUUUUUAAAUUCUUGCGCAUGAAUGCGACACUUAACCUGCUCUGGCGUGUGCUAGGCAUGGCGAUGAGUGACCUUAUGGGAUUCCUUGUUAUAUUUAAUCUCAUCUUCUUGGGCUAUUCGGCUAUGGGCAGCUAUGCCUUUGGAUUUGCUCUGGAAGAGUAUUCAACGAUUAGCAAGUCGUACGGAACGUGCUUUCAAAUGUUAGCUGGCGAGAUGGACUAUGGGCGACUACAGCAAGCUAAUCCCCGUGUUGCGCCGCUCUUCAUUGGUACAUUUGUUGUUUUGGUUUUUCAGAUCGUCGUAAAUAUGUUUGUUGCAAUUUUGUCGGAAUACUACGAAGUCGCUAAAAACGACGAAACAGCGAGUGGGGAAGAUGUAGAGUAUGACGUGCUAGCUCGCAUUCGUAGCUUUGUACGAUCCUUUUCACCGACGGUUGUGGUUCCAAAGGACCAUGGAGUGAUCCGUCUUAUUCCGUGGCAGCAAGUACGUCUAAUUUCCACAAAUCUUGUUGACCAAGAAGAAACACGGCUACGCGUGCGGAAGCUAUUUCGAGGUGCCGUGUGGCGAGUUGUAGCUCUCCUGCGUUUUGGCAUGAAAUUUGACCGUCGAAUAAAUUUUGGUGAUCGCAAGGCUCACGAUGGAGUCGGUGGUCACGGUGGCAACAGUGGAUCCAACAAUGGUAGGGAAGCUCGCGAACUAGUCUCACAUAUUCGACUAUCUGAAAACUUUGACCACAAGACGAUUAAGGAGAUGAUUCCGAUUGGUAUCACGAUUCGAUUGCAAGGAAACUCGAUAUUUGGUGACGGUCUGGCGCUCAAAGUUGUCCAUCAUAGCAAGCUGUCUGUCGAGUGCAUUGUUUUAGGUCCAAAUGAUUCGGAAGGCACGAGAUUUGGGGCAGACACGUUUGGAAACAUGAAAGGAUUUGCACCACCACGCUCUAUAUCGUCGUUGGGCUCAUUCGAUGACGAUUCGGACUUAGACGAUGGCGCACCGCGAGAACGAAUCUUGGAACUAAUUGGCGGCGAAAAGCUACGUAUUCCGAGGAGAAGACUAGCUGUACACUUGUGUCGUAUAGUAUUCAAUGAGCUUAAGAUUAGCCUUUUGCGUGCAACAAAGUUGCUGAAUUAUGCAAAGGAUCACAUGGUGGACGACUAUCAUCUCGGCUUGCUCUUUGAUAGUGUUCGUGCGGAAGGUCGAACUAGUCUACGUUUUGAUGAAAUUUCCCGCAUGCUGGACCUUUACCUACGCAAGGAUAAGCGUCGAGCGAUGUGUUCGCAAGCUGAAGUGCGCCGUGAAGCUCUUCAAGUAAUGUAUCGCUUCCAUAAGUGUUUGAUCGACAUGCCGUCGCGUGAAAAAGAAGGCCACAACUAUCGACCGAAGCCUGUUGACACAUCAAAGAUCGAGCUGGGUCACCUGGAACACCUUGGCGAUGUUCUUGCUCGCAAUUGUCAUGAUAUGUGGGCACUCGAGCGACUUAAGCAAGGAUGGCAGUAUGGCAAAGAACGCGACGACUCAAACAAGAGGCAUCCGAACCUCGUGCCGUACAAACUACUCUCGGUAGAAGAACAAGCUUUUGACUAUCGCUCUUCAAUUGAGACAAUUAAGACGAUAAUUUUUAUGAAUUACACGAUUUCGCGUGCGAAUCAUCAGCGCACACAAAGCGGCACACACGAUUCCAUCUCACGGUCUGCGUCGAUGAUGUCCGAUGUCACGGAUGGAUUUGGCGGAAGCAACAGCUCAUUGAUCAGUGGCGGGUCGGAAUCAACUACAAGUCCCCGGUCUGCUGAUGCUGCAGUAUUUGAGGAGUUAGGAACCGCCUCUCAUCCUGGAGCUCUGGCCAGGCCUGUACCCUCCCUUUUACGCGAAGCCAUGAGUUUCCGAAGAAAUAGUCUGAUGGGCGAUUCUCCCUAUUUCACAACCUAUGGAGAGGGGAAUGUUGAAGUGUAUCGGCCUCUUCCCAUUGAUACGACCACGAUUGAGCUUCCUUUGAGACUAUUGCGCCUUGUAGAUUUGCUGGCUGAAAAUGCACACGAGGUUUGGGCGAAAGGGCGGAUGGAUGAAGGCUGGACGUACGGCCCCCUGCGAGACGACAGCGCUAAAAAACAUCCAUGCCUCGUGCCGUAUGUGUUUCUCACGGAUGAUGAAAAGGAAUAUGACAUCAACAUUGCAAAGGAGACUCUUAAGACUUUGAUUGCCAUGAAGUUUACUAUCCUCGACCGCUCCAGCAAAUACUGA